GGUGUUCUAUCUUAACUUGUAAUGUGCAUAUUCUUGUAGACUCUCAAAUAUUCAUCUCUCCCUCUUUCUCUCUAUCUCCCUCUAUCUCAAUAUCAAUUUGAACCCUUCAUUUUAGUGAUCAUUCAUUUCCAAGGGUAGACUUUAUUUGCAUUUCCAAUAUUUGGUAAAACAAAAAUGGGAAGACAACCUUGUUGUGACAAAGUUGGAUUGAAGAAAGGACCAUGGACUGCUGAGGAAGAUAAAAAGCUCAUCAAUUUCAUCCUUACUAAUGGUCAAUGUUGUUGGAGAGCUGUCCCUAAGCUAGCAGGGUUGUUAAGGUGUGGAAAAAGUUGCAGAUUGAGAUGGACAAAUUACCUAAGGCCAGACCUAAAAAGAGGACUUUUAUCAGAAUAUGAGGAGAAAAUGGUCAUUGAUCUCCAUGCUCAACUUGGCAAUAGAUGGUCCAAAAUUGCAUCUCAUCUACCUGGACGAACCGACAACGAGAUUAAGAAUCAUUGGAAUACUCACAUAAAGAAAAAGCUCAAGAAAAUGGGAAUUGAUCCGGUUACACACAAGUUACUUUCUAAUGCAAUAAUUGAGCAAACUCAAACACAAUCUGAACAAGAACCUCAACAACAAUCUUCUUCACCUAUUGAAAUGGAACACAAUGUUGAAUUUGAGAAUGACAAAAACAAGGAACCACAAAAACCAGAAACAUCAUUUGAGUCAUCAACAAUAACUGAAGCUAAAGAACAAGACCAAAUUAUGACACCAAUUUUUGACUCAACAAUGGAACUAAUGAAUGAGUUAUUCACUGAAGAAGUUCCAAUAAUUAUACCAAAUGAAAUUCUAGUUCCUUCAUCUUCAUCAACCACAACAUCAACAUCAUCAUCAACUUCAACUUCAAAUUCAUCUAACUUCCUUGAAGACUUGCUUCUCCCUGAUUUUGAUUGGUCCCAUGAUAAUAAUAUUGAAAAUAAUAGUGAUAAUAAUAAUAAUAAUAUUAAUAUGACAUUAUGGGAUGAUGACUUUAUUAGAAGUUGGGAUUUUGUGAUCAAUGAUGAUGAUGAUGGGGACAUGAAUUCAAGAGUGGUCAUGGAUUCAGAAUCAUGGGCCUAUGGAUUAUUUUGAUUUUAGUAUUUUUUUUUUCUUUUUUAACAUUGAUGAUAUGGCUUACAUGUAAUGUUAUUAUAGGUUGUUUCAAAGAAUAAAGAGUGAAUCAGGAUUCAAGGAAAAUAUACCAACUUUUGUGUUUA